ACACCCGAUAUCGCACAAAGGUACACUAAUAUUCAUGAAGAAUCUUCAGUGUUGGCACCAAAAGUAAGUAACAUCAAUAUUAGUAAUAACAAUUGCGACGUUAACAACAACCGGACCAACGACUAUGACAGCAUUGAUGAAUUAAGUGAUGACACUAUGAGUGAUGAUUUAGACUGCUGUGGAAUCCAUGCUUUUAAGAGUGCAGAUACUGACGUUGAUAGUGUUGAACCAGAGAUUCAUAGAGUUAAUAAUUUUGAAGAUCUCAUAAUUACUGUUGAUACAAGUAUUCAUCCAUUUAUUGAGCCUUACAGCAAGUUAAUCUUUAGUUUGCAGGAGCAUCAUAUAGAAGAGGACUCACAGCGUGCGCGCCACCUAAUUGAAAUGUUAAAAUGGUCGGUUGUAAAUAGAGAUUGUUUCAUUGAAGUCGGUUGGAAAAGCAAUCUAAUAAAUAACAUUUCAAUGCCACGAGUUAAGUUUAGUCUCGUUGCGGCUGUUCUGCAAGAUCAUGCAGAUCAAAAACUUCAUUUUGCUGCAACAACACUCGAGGCAUUAAAAAAGAAAGAGAAACUUGGCAACAAAAAUAUUGGCUGGUUGACAUUUCCUACAUUCUUUGAGGAUCUUUUUAGGAAGAAAUCGAAUUAUUAUGGCCUUGAUGUUCUCACUGUUGUUACAGUUAUAUCAGCUGUUUUUUUAUACAAGCCUACUCCGUCCUGUGGUCUCGGAAGAAUGCCUUCCGAAAAUCACAUAAAAAUCGAGCUUUGGUCCAAGAUCCUGUCUACUGCUUUUUCUCUUCAUCAUUCAGAGUUUUUUCCUGUAUGGGAAUUAAAGCACUUAAUACCUGGGAAUGCAGGAUGUGGUUCAUCACGUUCUGAUUUUUCUGCGAUUGUAACCAAUCAAGAUGACAUCCAGUUUGCAUUCUUUUUGGUAGAAUUUGAGAGAAAUGGGUUUGAAUGCCAUAAGGACAAUAUCGUAGCUAUUGCAGAAGCUACUCAUGAAUUUAAUCGGAUUUUGUCUUUGGCACAUGAUCCGUCAGAAGAUGAAGUCAAUCAAGUUCGAUUACAUAUUGGAUUAGUAAAUGCAACGACAAUUCAUUUUAGCAUGCUUGAACCUGUAUAUAAUGAACAACAGUCGAGGCUAGUCUAUGUUCACCAUGAAAAUCUAUUUUCAUUUAAUCUUCAUACCCAAGAUCCUGAAGUGAAUAUUGAAAAUUCACUUAAGCUGAUAACUUAUAUACGUGAAACUAUCUGCGCAGAUGCAUUGCCAAAAUUACCCAAUGAAUCAGUCAAAUCAAGAUCAUCUAGUACAAA